GGUAUCCUUCUGCAGCCUGCCUAGUGCUUGACGUGGUUAAUGAAACUAUUUGGUGAUUCAGGCUCGAGCACGUAUAACAGUUCGCUUCAUGCGUAAACAUCGCACGGAGAGAUGAAUGAGGACGCAUUUGAGGUCCCUGCGAGGAACGAGUACCGCUACCUCGUUCAGGAUGAGACUGAAGAGGAGGUCCAGUACGCCCGCCGCUACUACGUCAGCCCGUUCCUCCAAGUGUCCCGGAGGUGUAUGUUUCUGAUCGGCUGUGGCAUUCUUGCCCUUCUCACUCUCGCCGGAUACCUGGCUUACUUGGCCCAGACUCGACCCCGCGGUUAUGCUGAGGUGCUAACAGACUGUGGUUUGCUGCGCGGAAAACGGGAACACGAUGCCUACUCCUUCAAAGGCAUCCCGUAUGCCGUGCCACCUGUCGGCGAACGCCGCUGGCAACCUCCAGCAGACCUAAAAGCGAGAGGAGAGUGCUGGGAUGGAGUUUACGAUGCCACGCAUUUUCGUAGCAAGUGCGCCCAAGUGCGACCUCUCAGAAAAGACGGCCGAGUGAUGGGUAAAGAGGACUGCCUGUACUUGAACGUCUGGACACCCAGUCUACAGCCUACUGAUGCCCUGCCUGUCAUGGUGUGGAUCCAUGGAGGAAACUUACACAUGCUGAGCGGGCAGGAGAAAGGCUACUCGCCCACUGAGGAGUUGGCCAAAAGAACACAAACCGUGUUCGUGAGUCUGAACUACAGGCUUAAUGCAUUUGGCUUUAUGGCACUAGAGACACUGAGAAAAGAUUCUUCGACCAACACCUCAGGAAACUAUGGCUUCAUGGACCAGAUUCUAGCUCUUCAGUGGGUUCAGAAAAACAUCCAUGUGUUUGGUGGAGACCCAACAAAAAUCACAAUAUUUGGAGAAACAUCAGUAUGGGCUUUGAUGCUUUCGCCUCAAGCUAAGGGUCUGUUUCAUCGUGCAAUUGGAAUGAGUCCCUCAUUCGUCUCUAACACCUCGUUGGACGCAGCCGAAAAAGGCAACCACGUGUUCUUGAAGAAUACCGGCUGCCAAGAUGCAGCCUGCCUCCGAAAGCUCGACAUAACUCAGAUCCUCCAGGCCAUUCCGUGGGAAGAAUACCCAUUCUGGGCACGAGAUGGACUAACAGACAUCCCUGUUAAAGGCAAAUCAUACGGUCCAGUUGCAAUCAUAGAUGGCUAUGUUCUCGUCAGUCAUUCGUUCAAAGCUUCAGAGAAAGGUGAAUUUUACAGUGACGUUCCACUCGUGGUUGGAACAACAGAGCAAGAAGCUGAUUUUAGUCCACCCGUGAAAAACAUCUCAACCUGGACAUGGGGCGACUACAAGUGGUUUCUAUCAGAGAAGCUGAAGCCAUUUGGAGAGGAUGUGGUAAAGAAGGCCUCGAAGCAGUACGACAGUUUUGAACCAUGCCCAACCAAUGACAGCUGCCCUGAAAGACUCUACACCACUUUAGUGUCAGAUAUGAGGGCCAGCUGCCCCAGCAACCACCUGGCCAAGCAAGCUGCAGACACCCUAAAGAGCCCUGUGUACCGCUACCUGGUGAAUUACACUCCAUCCAAAGCUGCUGAUUCAUCCACCUUGCUCCCUUACCCAAGCCGAUUCUCCUUCCACAUGAUGGACAGCUUGGCGUUCUUCGGCGGCCUCGAGAUGGCACUCGGCACGACCACUUCUAAAGACAUAGAGUUUCAGCAGACGCUCACAAAGUACUUCAUUCACUUCGCAAAAGAAGGUAAGAUGCCAGAGGAUUGGCCCGAAUUCCCAUCCAAGACUGCCGUGCUGAAUCAGACGCUUUCUGUGCCACAGAAUAUUUUAGCAGAACGAUGCGAUCUCUGGGAAAAUAAUAACUUUUAUUCAUAUGCCUGGACCAACUAAUGUGGUUUUACCUGAUACCCGACCGGACUCUCUCUCACUCUCUCAGCUUUACUAAACAAAUCACCACAACACCAAAUCAACACCCAUCAUUAGAAGCUACGAAAAGAAAUCUGGCGGUUUGGUAUUGCAUUGCAGUUUUUAUCUUUAUCUUGAGUUUAAAAAAGAAAAGAAGAAAUAAACAUGCAGGGAAGAGGUAUUUUAUUUGCACUAAGAGUCAAACACAUUGUUUUUCAUUAAUCAUUAAACAGCAAUAAGUGAACCUGGUGUUUUAUAAGGAAAUAAAUUCGCUGGCUCUGCAAGACACAUCAAUAUUCUUCCUUAUCAGGCUGCACAAUCAUGUCAAAAAUCAUAGCUGGUUCCUUACAUUUGGCUGGUGUUGGUAAGGACUGAAUCAGUUCUCUUGCACUUUGGUUUUUACAUCACGAUCCUGUAAACGUGCAAAUCUUUACAAUAGAUAUAAACGGAUUGAGUGUGUAAAGAGGCGUGUAAGGCUACCUUGGAUUUAACUUCACAUCAUUUCAUUUGUAGGGACACAGUACUAACGAGAAUGACACUCGUCAAUUAAGACAAGCUGAUUUAAGAUAAAAUUACAUGUUUAUAAGCUAAUUUACGUUUUUUAAUGUAUGGUUUUUUUUUUUUUGGAAGGCAUUUAAGCUGGCUUAUAAAUUGUUUUGCUUUAUUUUCCACAAGCAACUUUUUCGCUGCGUGAUGCGUCUGGUGUGGGUUUUCACAUCACUUGAUUUUUUUGCCUGAUUUAAUUCGCGCAUAAUUUUUGACUUCUAAAUUUCAACUCAUCGAGUAGAAACCUGAUGAUUGAGGCACAUUGACUGGAUCACACUAGCUACUACUGUUAUCUCGCUGCCAACAUGAUCAGACACGAAACAAACGAAAUUAACAAAAUACAUCAACAUUCCUCCAAAGUUUCAACCAAAGCUGAGGAUACAUUACACGAACACACUGAGAACAGACUCGGUAGACAUGAGUCGGAGUAUAUCAAAUGCCGACUCUGGACGGGAAUGUGUACCGUUAAUGGCUAAUGAACGUAGAGGAAGCAGGAUCAUGGGCAGGAUACGGGAAGUGGAGGAAACUGUUGCUGCCUGUCUGGCAUCUAUAUUUGUUUGUUUCUUCUACUUGAAAGAUUACUCUUGCUCUCGUGAGAGUUUGGUCUGUUCAGUUGGCCUAAGCUGGAGUGACAAGACGUAUAGUCUACGAUCCCUCAUGUGGCGCAGUCCUUAAGCUUGUUCAUCCAAAAGAUCUGUGAAAGCCAGGCUUAGAAUCUUUUAGAAGUGUGAAAGUCGUGUAGUGUAUCCUCAGCUUAAAUAGUCGAGGAGCUCACAAUUUAUUCACUCUCUCGUCGUCUAUAUCGCUCUAUUCUGUAUUCAGGGUCGCGGAGGGCCUGGAGCCUAUCCCAGGAGACUUAGGGCACGAGGCGGGGUACGCCCGGAACAGAGCGCACACACUUACACACUCAUUUAGGCAUGAAUUGAGGCAAUUUGGGAAUGCCACUUAGCCUAAUCUGCAGGUCUUUAGACUGUGGGAGGAAAGUCACCAAGCACGGGGAGAACAUGCAAACUCCAUGAAUACAGGGAUGGGAAUCAACCCUGGCCGGGAAUCGAACCCGGACCCUGGAGGUGCGAGGCGACAGUGCUAACCACUACGCGACCAUGCCCCUCAAGUAGACAACUAUGUCAACAGUCAAUUAUAUACAGUUGUGCUUAAAAUAAUAGCAGUGUGUUGAAAAAAGGCAGAAAAGCUCCAUAUCCAUAUAAUUACUAAUACAGUAAAGCGUUUUUAAUGUCAGGCCACAAGUUUUCGAUUGGAUUAAGGUCUGGGGAUUGGGCUGGCCACUCCAUAACGUCAAUCUUGUUGGUCUGGGACCAAGAUUCUGCUCACUUACUGGUGUGUUUGGGGUCGUUGUCUUGUUGAAACACCCAGUUUAAGGGCAUUUCCUCUUCGGCAUAAGGCAACGUGACCUCUUUAAGUAUUCUGAUGUACUCAGAUUGAUCCAUGAUCCCUGAAAUGUGAUCAAUAGGUUCAACACCAUAGUACGAGAAGCAUCCCCAUAUCAUGAUGCUUGUGCCUCCAUGCUUCACUGUCUUCACACUGAAUUCAGUGUUUGGGGGCCUGACAAACUGUUUACAGCCUCUAGACCCAAAAAGAGCAAUCUGGCUUUCAUCUGUCCACAAAAUAUCGCGCCAGUUCUCUUUAGGCCAGUCAGUGUGUCCUUUGGCGAGCUAUAACCUUUUCAGCACAUCUUUUUUCCAACAAUGGGACUUCUUGCUGAUAGCUUGGCUUCACAUAGCCGUCUUCUAAUAGUAACAGUACUAACAGGUAACUUUAGGUGUUCUUUGACCAUGCUGGAACUGAUCAUUGGCUGAGUCUUUGGUAAUUUUGUUAUUCUUCGAUCCAUUCGAAUGGUAGUUUUCCAUUUUCUUCAACGUCUUUCUGGUUCAGGUCUCCAUUUUAAAGCAUUUGAUAUCAUUUUAGCAGAGCAGCCUAUCAUUUUCUGCACUUCUUUGUGUGUUUUCCAUCUCUUAUCAACUUCAAAGUACGCUGAUCUUCUGAAGAAUGUAUGGAAUUUUACUCUGAUUUUCAGAAGGAAAUGCACAGGACAACCUUUUCUGUAUUUGUCCUUAAAUAAGGGGAACUUGUUUGACACCUGUCUUUUACAGAAUAAUUGACCUCUCUAAUUAAACUCCACACUAUUAUUUUGAACACGCCCCUUUUCAAUUAAUGAUUCAAUUACACAGAAUCAGGUGCAUCCAAUCAUGACUGGUGGUUUUCUAUUACUCCACUACACCUACAAGUAAAAUAUUUACCAUGAAGAAAUAUAAUUUCUCCCAAAAACAAUUAUUGAUCUGUUUACUGAUGUUGGACUGCUAUUAUUUUGAACACAACUGUAUAUAAGCUGGACAUUCAUAGUUUCCCUAUGAAGCACAUCCGGAAGUGUUUUAUUCCUCUUAAAUUACAGCAAUGUACAAACAAACCA